AUGGAUGUUCUACACACCCUUCUCACCCGGGAUGAGGAUUCGGGGCCCGCCCCUGCCUGUGAUGCAGGCAACGAAUAUGAUGGUCGCAUGGGCUUGCGCAUCUCCUCUAUCUUUGUCAUCAUGGUCGGUUCCAUGUUCGGUGCUGUCUUCCCGGUCCUUGCAGGACAGUUUCGACGUUCGAAAUAUUUAGAAUGGGCUUUCUUCGUUGCCAAGUACUUUGGCUCGGGUGUCAUUAUUGCCACGGCUUUCAUUCAUCUGUUAGCUCCUGCUGAGGAAGCCUUAACAAAUGAAUGCCUAACAGGCCCGAUCACGGAGUAUUCCUGGGUCGAGGGUAUUGUCCUAAUGACCAUUGUGGUACUGUUCUUUGUCGAGAUGAUGGUCAUGCGGUAUGCUCGUUUUGGUCAAAGCCAUGCACAUGAAUUGGCGCAUGAACACAACCAUGGAGAGCCCAAACAUAGUGGCUCUGAGAGUGGUUCUGAGGUCUUGGACAGCAAGCAUAUUCCCGGCCGGGAUCAUCUGGGUCACUCCCGCGAACACCAUGAUGUUGAGAUGGCUGUACACGAUACGUCCGUCGAGGAGUACAUGGCUCAGCUGACUGGCGUUUUCAUUCUGGAAUUUGGUAUCAUCUUCCAUUCUGUCUUUAUCGGCUUGACCCUGGCAGUAUCCGGUGCUGAGUUUGUUACACUCUACAUCGUCCUUGUCUUCCACCAGACUUUCGAAGGUCUUGGUCUGGGAUCCCGACUGGCUACAAUCCCCUGGCCUCGUUCAAAACGUUUUACCCCAUAUAUUUUGGGCAUUGCUUUCGGUCUGUCGACGCCAAUCGCGAUCGCGAUCGGACUGGGUGUUCGCAAGUCUUACCCUCCUGAGGGCCGCACGACUCUCAUCGUUAACGGAGUCUUCGAUUCAAUUUCCGCCGGUAUCCUCAUUUACACGGCGCUUGUGGAGCUUAUGGCGCAUGAGUUCAUGUUUAGCAGCUCGAUGAAAAAGGCGCCUAUCCAGCACGUCCUGGCUGCAUUCUUCCUUCUAUGUUUGGGCGCUUUGCUGAUGGCUCUUCUUGGGAAAUGGGCCUGA